CUUUCCAGUUUCAGUUUCCAGGAGGAGAAACCUGCAGGCUUUAGUUUCACUUUCUCUUUCAGCUUCCUACUGUGACUAUAAAAGCACACACACACACACCACAGCUCACAGAGCUGUCUCCCAGCCCUUCUCUGAGAGUCCAGUUGGUGUGCAAGUCCACAAGACAGCAGAGUUAGAAGACAGGAUUCUGAGGAGCCUGUCCUGGUGAGAACCCAGAGAACUGCUGCCACCUUCACAGCAACCAUGGGAGAGAAUGCUGGCAGUAAUCAGGUCAAGGAGAAUCUGAUUGACCUGAGAUGUCACUUUACAUGGGAGCUGCUGUUGGAAGACUUUGACAUACCUGAUUUGGAAUUGAGAAUCUCUGAGGAGCUUGAGUUCCUAGACAGCAAGGAUACAGUGGGAAUGCUCAACCUCAGGGCCUAUGUGAGACACCUGAAAGGCCAGCAUGAGGAAGCCCUUCAGAGCUUGAAAGAAGCAGAAGCCUUGAUCCAGGGACAGCAGUUGGGCCAGAGAAGCCUGGUGACCUGGAGCAACUGUGCCUGGGUGCAUUAUUACAUGGGCAGCCUGGCAGAAGCCCAGACCUACCUGAACAAGGUGGAGAACACUUGCAAGGAAUUGGGCAAAACACACAUUGAAGAAGCCCUCAGUAGCACUUCCUGCCAACAAUAUGUCUUUCGCUAUACAGCCAAGUAUUACCGAAGGAAAGGCUGCCUAGACAAGGCUCUCAAUCUGCUACUCAAGGCCUUGAAGGCAUCACCUGCCUCUGGCUACCUGCAUUACCAACUGGGGCUCUGCUACAAGCAACAGGUGAUCCAACUGAAGAAAUGCAGUAAUGACCAGGCGAGAAGGCAGGGCAAUGUGCAGAAAUUGGCACAACAGGCCAUUUGUGAAUUUCAAGAGGCUGUGAAACUCAGGCCCAGAAAUGAGAUGGCUUAUGUUUGCAUGGCAGAAAUGCAGGCAGAAAUUGGCCAAUAUGAAGAAGCAGAGGGAAAUUUCCAGAAGGUGCUAAACAUGAAGAAUCUUGAGUGUCACAUAGAGCAGGAUAUUCAUUUCCGCUAUGGCCGUUUCCAACAAUUUCAUCAGAAAUCAGAAGACAGGGCAAUCACCCACUACUUAAAAGGUUUGAAAAUAGAAGAAAAGACCUUUGUCUGGAGGAAACUACUCACAGCUUUGGAGAAAGUGGCCACAAAACGUAUUCACCAGAAUGUUCAACUGAUGGAGAGCACAAGCUUGCUUGGGUUAGUCCACAAACUGAACGGGGACAAGGAAGAGGCCCUGAAGUGCUAUGAGAGGGCUCUGAGGCUCACUGGGGGAUUGAACCCUGAGUUCUGAAUGCAGCUCACAUCUGUGAAGUAAAUGUACUCAUUACUGAGUGUUCCCGGCCUCCUUCCCGGUUUCUUUCUUCAACUGCAUGGCUUACUGGAAUGCGAAGUAGCUCAGUGCAUGUGCUGCUGUCACCAUUUCUCACCCCUCAUUGUCCUGUCCAGAAGGAACUUGCACCACACUGCAUCUUCUCACUUACUGACCAGGACUGACCCCUACUGAUCUGCAAUCCCUUGAGCUGUGGGAUCCUAGGACAUCUUUUUUUUAAUGUCUGUGUCUUGGGAAUGAAAGUCAUCCAUCCUCUGCCUGUCAGUGUCCUGGACAAAGAGGUCUUUUCCAAGGAAGCUCUUACUUUACGUCAGCAGAUACUCUUAGUACAGUGCAGUGUUGGAGAAAACCAAGUGAGCAAAGGGGAGAGUUUGAACACAAGAGGUCUCCCCUUACUGCAGAAUCAUUCAUGGCUAAUAAGAGGCUUAAGUUUGGAAAAAGCCAAGCAGAAGAAACUUGCCUGGACCUUACAGACAGAAGAUGAUAUGAGGAGAUUUAUGCACUUUUUCUGUUCUAUUGAUAUUGUGUUAUAUGUGAUGCUUUUCCCUCAACUAAAAUAUAUUCAGUAAAGUUCCUUGAAUCACAA